UUUGUAGUCGCCAUGUGGGUGCUGGGAAUUGAACCCGGGUCCUCUGCAAGAGCAGUCAGUGCUCUUAACCUCUGAGCCAUCUCUCCAGCCCAGAUUUUUAUUCUCUUAAGAGUAGUUGGGAUGGUAUCUGUGUGGCUUACAGUGGCAUCUACCAAGAAAAGCCAUGGAAUCUGCAUCAACCAUUAGGAUCAAAGGCGUGCACCAAAGUAGCAGAUGCCAGGUCAGGCUGUGCAGUGCUGCUUAGCCUUUUGGCAUCCACCAGCUAGUGCAGGUCCAGUGAAGUCAGCAGCAGCUGCGGGAGAAGCUACAGACUGAUUAGGAGCUCAUCUGGUGGAGAACCCACAAAGCCGUCCCAAGAAGACACCAAACAAAAAUGGGUGAGGGUGGGGACUUGAAGGGAGGAGGGGUCUGUGCUCUGGUAAGGGACGACCUGGGACUGUAAAGACUCACCCCUGUACUUGCUCAUGAGUCUAUAACAGUUGUUGUGAAGUUGUUUUUUGACAGCGGCGACUUCGUUUGUUUACCGCUCCAACCCAGCGCUUGGGACAGGACCCAGCAAGGAGAAAGGCCUCGGCAGAUCCGCAGAGCGAAUGGUGGUACCAGGAAUUGCGGUCGUGGCUCCGUGCCGUGCCUUCCCGCUCACAGACUGCUGCGGAUGAGCCACACUGCCUUUGGGUUUACACUCAUGUUUAAUGAUUACGUGGUGCAUGGUCGUGUUGGUCUCACCAUUCCCCUAAGGCUGGAGUGAUGACGCCUGUCAAGCAGCUGGCACUACGUGCUCAUUGAUGUUGUCCCUUCUGUCCCUUUCAGUGGAGGAGCCAGGCAGUUAUGUGAAGGUUUCAUCGGACAGGCACUGUUCACUGCUGUCUCAAGAUGGUUUGAUAUCUGAAGUACACUCUCAUCAACCAUGAUGGCGACACAGACAUUAAGUAUAGACAGCUAUCAAGAUGGACAGCAGAUGCAGGUGGUCACAGAGUUAAAAACAGAGCAAGAUCCAAACUGCUCUGAACCAGAUGGUGAAGGAGUGAGUCCUCCUCCUGUGGAGUCUCAGACGCCAAUGGAUGCUGACAAGCAGGCCAUUUAUAGGCAUCCACUGUUUCCUUUGCUAGCUUUGUUAUUUGAAAAGUGUGAGCAGUCCACACAGGGCUCCGAAGGGACUACGUCGGCCAGUUUUGACGUGGACAUCGAGAACUUUGUUCGGAAGCAGGAGAAGGAAGGGAAGCCCUUCUUUUGUGAAGAUCCAGAAACUGACAACUUAAUGGUGAAAGCAAUCCAGGUCCUGCGUAUUCAUCUUCUUGAACUGGAAAAGGUUAAUGAACUCUGUAAAGAUUUCUGCAGUCGGUACAUUGCUUGUCUGAAGACAAAAAUGAACAGUGAGACCCUGCUGAGUGGGGAGCCUGGAAGCCCGUAUUCCCCUGUGCAGUCCCAGCAGAUUCAAAGCGCCAUCACAGGCACUCUCAGCCCCCAGGGAAUCGUGGUGCCAGCAUCUGCCCUGCAACAGGGAAACGUAACCAUGGCAACAGUGGCAGGCGGCACAGUGUACCAGCCUGUCACAGUUGUCACUCCCCAAGGCCAAGUGGUCACGCAGGCCUUGUCUCCUGGGACAAUAAGGAUCCAGAACUCCCAGCUUCAGUUACAGUUGAACCAAGAUCUCGGCAUCUUACAGCAAGAUGAUGGCUCCUCCAAGAACAAGAGAGGUGUCCUGCCGAAGCAUGCCACCAACGUGAUGCGGUCCUGGCUCUUUCAGCACAUAGGGCAUCCCUAUCCAACAGAGGACGAAAAGAAGCAGAUUGCUGCUCAGACAAACUUGACACUGCUCCAAGUCAACAACUGGUUCAUCAAUGCCCGAAGACGAAUUCUUCAGCCCAUGUUGGAUUCCAGUUGUUCAGAGACUCCAAAAACAAAGAAAAAAACUGCUCAGAACAGGCCAGUUCAGAGGUUUUGGCCCGACUCUAUUGCAUCAGGAGUGGCGCAAGCAGCACCAAGUGAGCUCACCAUGUCAGAAGGUGCCGUUGUAACCAUCACCACACCCGUGAACAUGAACGUGGACAGCCUUCAGUCACUGUCUUCAGACGGGGCCACCCUGGCUGUACAGCAGGUCAUGAUGGCAGGUCAGAGCGAAGAUGAGUCCGUGGACAGCACAGAAGAUGAUGGGGGUGCGCUGGCCCCCACGCACAUCGGGGGGCUGGUCCUGGAGAACAGCGACUCUCUGCAGUAGGGUGGCGGCGGCAGGGGCCAGGCAGAGCCGGCACACCUGACUUGAUUGUUUGCACAGCAAACAUUUUACAGUUUCAUUUCUAAUAUGUUUUCUAUGUAGAUAUAGAAGAGUGCACUUUUGUAUUUCAUAGUGAGCUACAGAGCGUCCUUGCUGGUGCAGCAACUUUCAGAUGUACCUGUGUGGGUUUUUAAUGCUAGAAACGUGAUGGAUGGCCCUGCCCCUGAGCCCCUCCUCAGAUUAAGGAACAGUGCUGCCAUUUUCUAAAAAUUACGCAGUUACAAUUUAGCUCUGUGGUUUACAGCAGGUCUUGGGGGCUGCUGUUGGUGUUGCCCACAGGUCCAAAAGACGCUCUGUAGCCAGAGCUGCCGUGUGCAGGGACAAUGGCCCGAGAUGGGCCAUGUUUCAGUUACUAGGCACGGCUGGUGACCACAACACACUUCAGUUCUCGUGUGGGCAGCCUAUUUCAUUUGCUGUAUAGAAAAAGAAACUCCUAUUUUUACCUUGCUGUGAUUAUUGGAUAAAAAGCUAUUUUUAUAAAUUAGUUAUGAAUUGGAUUAUGACUAUAUUGAAGAUAAAAUUUCUAGAGAAGGAACAGCACAUGCUUGUCUUAUGAUUUGGAAUAUUCUGGAAUGCCUAAAUUGAAUGUUGUGCCCACAGUUGACCAUCCUGGCGUGUCUUCUGCUCCCAGGGAGGAGGUUUACCUUAACUGCUAAAAGGAGACAAUUGUUGAAUGAACUUCUGAUAUCUCCAAUUUUUGGUCUCUAUGUAAUGCUCAGAUGGCAUUUUCUACUGAUCUGAUGUGCUCAGUAGGGUGGACAGUGAGUGAGAGAAGCAGUGGUCCGCAGGGAGUCACAGUGCUCCCAUGCCGGCCCAGCCUCAUUCAGACCUGACUGCAGUUACAUGGCUAUCACCAUGUAGUAACUGGGUAUUAUUUUAGACUUUUUCUUUUAGUCAAAAACAUGUUAAACAUAGAAUGUUUAUUAUAAACUAAUUUAAAAUAUGCUCUACCCCACUGGCUCAGAGCUGGGGUAAACUGCAAAUAUCCGAACUGUCUUAUAUAAUGGGCAGACACCUGGACGUUACGGUGAUGGAAGGUAUUGUGACAGGCUUUGUCAGCUCACACGUGUGCCGUGGCUCUCUUGCUGUCACAUGCUCUUGUUGCAUGCUGUUGCUUCGGUUUCCAGUGUCCUUCCUUUCCAGUUACCACAUGAGAAUUGGAGUAAUUGGGGGACUUCAUUUCCUGGUAAUAAGAUGCCCCAGAACAGUAGGCUGAGGUUUGAGGGUUUGGGUUUUGAUUUAGUUUGGUUUACUUAGGAGUGAGGCCUUUUCUCAGAAAAUAUGCUUCAUGUGGAGCACCAUCUGUGUCAUGUCAGAUGGGUGCCCAGGCCUUCCUGCCGACAUAGGACAGCUGUGAGGUCAGCAAGGAUGCCAGGUCUUGUGAUCGAGCGGUGGUGACUGGUCAUGGACCAAGGUUACAUGGGGGACAUCGUUAGCUAGUUCAUACUUUUGCCUGGAACUGACUCCACCCCCCACCCCCUCCCCAAAUGUCUUGGUUUCAUUCAGUUGUGGGGAGCAUGCCCUGGACAACAACACGGUUAACAAGAAGCACAGGAGGUUCCUUUCCAGGGAGUGCAGGAGCUUCCACCUCUAGGAAAACAUGUCAGUACGUCUUCUGAGGUGAGAGUAACAUUUUAAGCAGCCUUCACACUCCUUACUUACAAAUUGCUUUUAAUAUUUUAAUCAGAUGUACAAAAGCCCGAAAGACUGUUUGCCUCUGUGGCACACCAGCUUUGUUGGGCUCCUUAGAUCUUGACCCUGUGGAGCAAUCAGUGCCCCCUUCCAGCCUGUCUUCCUCUUCAGCAUAGCUGAACAUUCACAUAGUGUGAACUCCCAGAGAAUGCCUUUCUCCUGUGGGAAGCGUGGUACCGUGUCGCAGUUUGUGUGCUGGCUCAUAGUGCCUGGGGCUGCCGUAGCUGGAUCUGAGCACCUGGGGAUUGAUGCAGCAUGUGAUUUUCCAUUGAAAUUAGUUUUCAAGCCCUGUGCCCUCAACUCUUACCUGCUAAACUAAAAGGAGUGGUAUAAAGAUCGUACAGAAAUCUGAGCACAAUAGCACACUCCUGUAAUCCCAGCACUCAGGAACGUUAACUCACAGGCUAAAGGCCAGCCUGGGUGACAUAACCUGACCCUGCCUUUUUAAAAAAACAUGGCAAAAAAGUGGCACGGGGCAUAGCCUGGGUUUCCUUCCACUUCUCCAUGAGUAACUGAGAUGCUUUUAAAUAACUCCCAUGAGGCAAGCUGUUUUGGUUCAUGGAAUCCCUGCCUAGCACAUUUGUUAUCAGUUGCACCUUAAAGAACCCAGCUUGCUGGGUACGGUGGCAUAUGCCUAUAAUCCAAGCACUUGGGAGGCUGAGGCAGGAGAAUUGCUGUGAGGUUGCAGUCAGCCUUUGGUGCAACUUGAAAAACCAAAACCCAGAAACCCCUGCUUUCCAUUCCUUGUCCUAGGGAGAAAAUCCAAAACAGCCCUUAGCACCUGUUUGAACGGUCACGCCCCACCCUUCUUGAGUUCCUCCCUAACCUUGGAGCCUUUUGAAUGUGUUCUGAGACCUGCAGUCAACCCAUGUCAUUCCUGCUGUCCAGCUGCCUAGCAGAAGCCUAGCCUGGCUGGCCUACCCAGCUGAGGGGCUCAACUUUUAGCUUCUUGAGUCCAGAUUGUCUAAACACACAGAGGUGCAGAUGCAGAUGGUCCUUCUAGCUAGGGCUGCUGGCCCCUGUGUAGCCUGCUGAGUGGCAGGGCACCCACAUGGGCAGCAGCGCACCUGCGUGGGCAGCAGGACGUGCUCCUCUCUGCACAGCUCCGGGGCACUGGCAGGGGCGUUGCCCAUCCCAAAGGCCACCUCUGGCAGGCAGAGAACUCAGAGGUCUGCCUUUUUUAGUUACCGUCUUUGAAACUGACAAUCUUUAAAAUGUGAAUACUGUAACAAUAUGUUUUCUUGGAUUGUUGUCUUUAAGAGGAUUUUUGUGAAGCAAUUGAUUUAUCAAAGCAAAAAAAUUAAAAA